CCGAAGAUCAUCAUCUUCAAAGACGUACUAUUCGAAAACCCGACACGAAUAAACCCAGUUGUAUUUACAUCGUCUAUCCGAUCGGUAACCAUGGUACAUUUACCACUCUUCCUAUUAUCACUAACAAUCUUCGACUACACCCAAUCCAGAGAAAUGCACCCGAUUCUGCCCGAUUCGGAGAAGUGCUUCGACACCUACACGGACGUGCAGCCCAUAAACCUGAGCAACCUGACCAAAACCUGCGUGGAGACGCUCUCCGAGGCGUACAACUGCCGCGGCCUGGCGCUCGUCUCCAACGAAAUCCUGCUGCUGGAGUGCAACGAGACCGACGGCGGCGACGUCGCGACGCCCCCGAAGGGCUGCUACAGGCUUCUGAAGCGGGACGGCGGCGAGGGCGUCGUUUGCCAGCGCUUCAAGCGCCGGAAUUUGUGCGAGGUGAUCAAGACGCCCGCCAAUUUGGCCAUCGAAGUGUAUUGUGAUAGGAGCGCUAGGGGUAUCGUUACCGUGAAGCAGUUGAAAUUGGUUUGA